AUGACUGGUGAAGUAAAGGUACCAACUGUAUCUAUAUAUCCUCCUUCUGAAGAGGAACUGAAGACAAACUCAGCCACCAUAGUUUGCACUGCCAGUAAUUAUCUUCCCAGAUCUGCAACAAUGGAAUUUCUGGUGGAUGGGCAGAAACAGACAAAUGGGGUCUACACCUCAUCAGUCACCAAACAGAGUGACAGCUCAUACAUGGGAAGCAGCUUCCUCACUAUGACCUCCUCUGAUUACAAUAAAUAUAAAGAAUACUCCUGCAAAGUGACACAUCAAGGCAAAGAGUUUAUCCAGAUACUAAAGAGAGAUCGGAGUGUUUCUAAUAUUCAGUUUACUGAUUGGUGA